AUGACCUGCGCUUACGCGCCGUCCGGUAAUUAUGUGGCCUGUGGCGGUCUGGACAAUAUCUGUUCCAUCUAUAAUCUGAAAACACGCGAGGGCAAUGUACGAGUCAGUCGUGAACUGCCAGGUCAUACAGGCUAUCUAUCAUGCUGUCGGUUUAUCGACGACAAUCGCAUUGUGACCAGUUCGGGCGAUGUGACCUGUGGUCUUUGGGAUAUAGAAACUGGACAACAAAUAGCGAACUUCACUGGACAUACGGGUGAUGUGAUGAGCCUCAGUCUCGCCCCGGAUAACCGGACAUUUGUUUCUGGCGCAUGUGACGCGUCAGCCAAAUCUAAUCACGCACGUGCGUACAACCGCGUUUUACAGGCCUGUCUGCACCUCUUUCGACCGCCCCUGGUCCUUCACCCCACCCAUCACAAGGCUUCGAAAACAACAGUUUCCCUGGAAGAACGUACAGCAGAUCUGAAAUUAGUGGGUCUUGGCAAUCCCGAUGCAACUGGGGUUAAACUAUGGGACAUUCGAGAUGGUCAAUGCAAACAGACUUUCCCAGGACAUGAAUCCGAUAUCAAUGCUAUCACAUUCUUCCCAAGUGGAUUGGCGUUCGCUACGGGGAGUGAUGAUGCCACCUGUCGCCUGUUUGAUAUUCGAGCGGACCAGGAAAUCGGCAUGUUCAGUCACGAUAAUAUAAUAUGUGGAAUCACGAGCGUGGCAUUUAGUAAAAGUGGUCGCCUCCUCCUCGGUGGUUAUGAUGAUUUUAACUGCAAUAUCUGGGAUACGCUUAAACAAGAGCGUGCGGAAAUGCUCCCAAAAGAUGAAACGCCUCAAAUAGCUUCUGCUGAAGAAGUCGUACCUACUGGCUUCUCGUGA